GGUGACAUUGGCCUUAAAUUCCUGUUGCCCCUAUACCAGCUCCUUCGUAAUGAAUGUGCUGAUGCAGCUUAUCUGAUACUAAUUAAAGAAUUCAGAAACUGUGGUUAUAUGGACAAAUUACAAGCAAAUGAUAACCACCUUUCUUUCUGUGACUUUUUAUUAAGACUGAAUAGCUCAAGGAAAAGGGACAACCAAGGAUCAUCACAGACGCAGAAGCGAUCUCCUCCUUUACACAAUCUUAAUGAAAACAGAGACAUAUUGAGUCAAGUCACGGUUCAAAACUUGAGGGACCAAAACGAGAAGUGCAGAGUUCUGAAAAGUCUGGAUUUGUCAUUGUUACUGAACAUCAUCGCCAAUGAACAGCUGAGUUACAGAAUAGACCAAGUUGUGUUUGAUUCACUGAACGAUAUCAAGGAAAUCAGGAAUAAGGUGUUCCAUCCAAGAUACAAGUUUUCUGCAGAGAACUUUGAUGAAUAUUUAACAAAACUUGCAACAUCUUGUGAGAUACUUUAUAAGCAAGUGGAUCCAAAUCGGAUCACAAGUCUCAAAAAUCAGGUGAAGAGAUAUAAGGAACAAGGUCUGGAUUGUAACUCAGGCCGCAGUAUACUUGAAAAUCUACGACAAGAAAUUUAUACAAAGUACAUGUAUGCUGCUGAGCCAACCUUUGUUCACCCUGUCAUCUCGGACACUUCGAAAAGAAAGGUUAUUGAGAACCUUCCAAAAUAUAUUAUUGAUGACUGGAAAAGUUGCAAACGGCAUCCCAUGCUACUCUGUGGCUCAGCUGGAAUGGGUAAGUCAACAGUGCUUAGGAGUCUUGCAGCCUCAGCCAAGGAAAUGAAUACAUUUGUCCUUGUGCUGUACCUUGAAGAUAUAUACAGGAAACCAAAGCAGAAAAUACCUCCUGUUGUCACUUCAAGUUCAGAUUUUUGGGACCAAGUACACCACUGUGUUGAAUCUUUAGCUGCAAGAACAGUGAGAAACUAUGGACUGGAGACAGUGGCAGCAGUUAUCAGGGAACAUAAGGAUAACAUAUUAUUUAUUGUAGACUGGAAUAUGAAGUCCUUAGGAAAUCUUUUCAAAGAAAUGCAGUGUGGCACUUGGAUUACUGCUCAUCGAGAGGUCUUGUCACAUACAAAUGACUGGGUGUUGUUAGAAAUACAACCAUUUACACGCCAUCAUGUUCUUCAGCUUUUAGAAAAGUACAGUGGUGGACGUAGGGGUUCGACAAGUGAUCUGUAUGAAGAGUGUGAAUACCAGGAUUUAAUUACAUCUCCUGACAUGGUACAGGUAUUUUUUACACAUGGGAGUGCAGUCAAUUUCGACACUGAUUUUGACUUAAUUGCAGCUUUUGUUGAUGGUAAGUUCAAAAGCAGGGGUUGGUUUUGGAAUGAUAAACAGUCAGAUGUGUUAAAGUUAGGAGAGGUUGCAUUUGCAUUAAAAAUGGGAAAUAGCAAUGCUCACAGUGAAAAGGAACUUAAUGAAAUAGGUGAGGAGGUAAAAGAUGUGUUCUUGUGCCAUGAACAUGGAAAAACAAAAUUUAGGCAUUCUUCUGUUCAGGAUUUUAUAGCUGCAUUGUAUGUUUUUCACAACCCAGCCAAAGCUUGCAGAGAUUGGUUGUCAAGUGCUCCAAGUUUCAUGAGAGUAUUUAAAUUUGUUUGUGGCAUGUGGUGUAACUCUGGCUUUUGGGGUGAGGAUAGCAGGCCUUCAGACCAAGUAGUGACUUACAUGGAAGGUUAUUUAACUUGUCUUCUUGAUAUUAAAAGCCUGACAAAAUGUAAGGAAAAUAGAGUAAUAGAGCCAAUGGAAGUUGAAGGAUCAAAGAGCAAGAUGUGCAGCAGUGAACAAGGAAAAAAAAAAUCUGGAAAUCCAUUAAGAAAUGCCAUGUCAAACUGGGACUUUAUAAUGGCACUGGACGAUGUUUGUAAACAAACAAAAGUGAUAAACUUACUUGUUGAGUUGCUUUCUUCAACACCUUGUUGGAUAAUAAAUACAGAGAAAUUUGAUGAUAGAAAAUUAAGAAGAUUGGCUAUUUUGCUGAAAAAAGUGAAAUUGGAUAGGGAUCAUCCAGUGACUAUCAAGUUAGAAAGUACUCUGGAUGUCAGGAUGCUCAUAAUGAUGUGGAAUAAAUUGAAGAACAUAGAAAGUUUACAAAAUUGCACCAAAGUAAAGUUUUAUGUUGCUGGAGAUAGUUGUUUCCCAUACGCUUAUCAAGAUUCUCUUAGAGAUCUUUGCAGAACAUUAGUGAGUGCUUGUUGCCCUAUAUAUAUCACGUCUUAUACUGGUCCUUUAUUAUGUUCUACAACUCUUGAAUUCUUAAAAGGGUUCUCACUGAAGACUUUGGACACUAUUGAUGUUACUGUCUAUGAUGUUUCUUCUCUUAUCGAGAUUUUGAAAUGUGACCACUUACCAGACCUCAAGUAUAUCUCUGUAACAAUUGAAUUAACAAUGGAAGAACAACUCCUUACAUCAGUAAAGCCAUUCAGUGUUCCAGAUCAUCAUUCACUUAAAUUAAGGAUCAAAUAUUUUGACAAUAUCCAGAAAUUUCUAGAUAUGGUACGGUUUCCUGGUCAUGUCAGGUCAUUAAGUAUUUAUGAUAUAUAUAUCACUGUUGAGUUCAGUUUAAAUCUGAUGGCUUUUGAAGAAAUGGAAAACCUGAGUUUAAGAUUUCAGCCUUCUGACUCCGAUCAGUCUCACGCCCAGAAUCGUUUUAUAGAUGAAUAUUUCCAUCAGAAAUCAGCCCAUGAAGACAUGGAUAUUGAUAGCAAUACUAUUGCAGCUGGCAAGAAUUACACAAUCCCUAGACAAGGGUGGAUGCUCUCUAUUACUGUUAAAAUAAACCAGCCACCAAAACUAGAGAGGUUGCUUUUAAGAAAUAUGGAUUUUUAUGGUGAUUCCAACAAUAAUUUGUUACUAAAUAUUUUGAAACUAUACAGAAUACAGAAGUUAAUCAUAUUGGAUUCCCAACUCUCUCUGAAAGGAGUUAGAAAGGUUUUAAGCUCCCACACAAGUGAUGGCGACGACAUAAACUUUGUGACCAAGAAACUAAAGAAUAACCAGUUGGAAAUGGACAGUGACGAGAAAUUGCUGAAAAGGCCAAGACUGAGCGUUGAUGAACGUGAGCUAAAAAAGAUUGACAAACCAAAAGGCAAGGAGAUUGUAAUUACGUCCGAGAUAGACAUUUGUACGUCUUGUAGUCUGUUCCCUUGUGUAUGUGCCAGUGUUGAAUUGAGUAGGAAGGAGAACUUUGAUGAUCUAGCAAAUUUGCUUAAGGAUGUUUAUUUGUAUGACAUCGUAAGUUUUAAUUACUCAAGCAAAUUUGUAACUAUCAGGAAGGAUGUGUGUGGAGACUUGAGAGUACACUGUGCCUUGCCUGGGUUAAAGGAUGAAACCUCUCAUAAUCUUAGCUCAGAUCAAUCUUUAUUCUACAGGUUCUUUAAAACAUUAGCUUUGGCACAGAGUAUUUCUUUAGAACAAACUCAUCUCUCCUUUCAAGGUGUGUUGAAUAUUGUUGAUUAUCUUAAACAGGUAAAGAAGUCAUGCACAGAGCGUUUUUCUCUGACAAUUAUAUCUUCUUAUCAUCCUUUUGACGAUGAGGUCAUACAUCCAUUUAUAGAAAUGAUCAGGAUGGAAAGUGUGUUUUCAACAUUCAAUUUUUUAUGUUCAUGUGAAAACAAGUGCCUUAAAAUAAAGAAAACAUUCAAUGGUAAGAUGAUGUAUAAUGACCGUUUGCAAAAUGGCUGAGAAUAUAGUUUUACACCGGGUGAUUUGAUUAUGUAGUGAAAGUGGUAUGCACCUUCUGGAUUUUUAGUGAGAGCUAUCCUUUUUUAGUGGAGGAACUUUUAUGUAGUGAUAUUUAGAAAAUAUUCCCACAAAUGUAUUGUUCAUCUUACUAGUUAUGUUGUUGCCUACAUUCAUUUACUUCUCAUUUGUUAACUGUUUAAUUUUGUACAAUAUAUGAGACUUUGACCACAUUGAUAUAAAUACCAUUUAUUUAAAAUUUGACACAAGUUACUGUAACUGUAAAUUUUAGCAUGUAUGGGGGUUUCUGCCUUCCAAAAUACUACAUGAAUUUUCCAAAUUGUAAUACUAGUGGCCUUCAUGUUAGUAUUUAUGUAUGAUAUUAAGUUAAGUAUAUCAUAGUUUUACCAGACCACUGAGGUGA